GCCUCCGUCCGGGGCGCGGGCGGCGCGAGGCUGGGGGCGGGGAGCGCGGGGCGCGAUAAAAGGCGGCGCGGCCCCACCCCGCGGCGGCCGGCGGGCAGGCUCGGCGUCCCUUCCUGCGGCCCGCGCCGGCGGCGGGGAGGGGCGCGGCCCAUGGAGGCGUUCCCCUGGGCGCCCCGCUCACCCCGCCGCGCCCGCGCCCCCGGCCCCGCGCACCCGCCGCCCUUCAGCUCGUGGAACGACUACCUGGGGCUCGCCACGCUCAUCACCAAGGCGGUGGACGGCGGCACCCCCCGCUCCUCGUCGCCGUCGCCUUGCUGCUCCCCGCACGCCGGGGCCGGGCCGGGGGCGCUGGAACCGCCCGACGACGAUGACGAUGACGACAACGAGCCGGGCCCGCGGGGCCGCUGCCUGGAGCUGUGCGCCGCGCCCGCCGGGGCCGCGCUGCUGCCGGAACGAUUUGCAGAGCUGAGCCCGUUCCCCGGCCGCGCCGCCGCCGUGCUGCUGGGCUGCGCCCCCGGCCCCGGCCCCGGCCCCGCCGCCGCCGCAGCCGCCGCCAACCCCGGCUCGGAGGAGGCGCCACCGCGCGACGAGCGCGCCCCGGCCUGGACGCCCGAGCCCCGGCUGCACGCCGCCGCCGCCUCCGGGCAGGCCUCCCGGCUGCUCAAGACGCCCGAGCUGCAGGUGUGCGUGUUCUGCCGGAACAACAGGGAGGCCGUGGCGCUCUACACCACGCACAUCCUCAAGGGGCCCGACGGGCGCGUGCUGUGCCCGGUCCUGCGGCGCUACACGUGCCCCCUGUGCGGCGCCAGCGGCGACAACGCGCACACCAUCAAGUACUGCCCGCUGUCCAAGGCGGGCAAGAAGCUGCGCUGAAGCCGCACUUGGGGUGUCGCCUGGGCGGGUGGAGGGGUCCCAGCCGAGCCGGCGGAGCGCGACCCUGCGGGGCCGGGCGGGGCGCUCAGGUCGCGGUCGGUCCCGCUCGGGUUUGGCACAACCCAGCGGCGAGGCCCGGGGAUUGCAGCCCGGCGACCUGGAGGCGCCGGGGUGGAGGGGGGGUGUUCGGCCGCCCCUCAUUUUACAGACACGCAUCACUUGAUGAAAUUGUCGCAGCCUAACCCUGGACGUUUCGUGUUCUGAAUGGAGGCACUUUGUUAGCUCUAGAAUAUUUUUGUAGACACCUCUGGACUGGAUUUGCAAAGCCGGCAGAUUUUUAAUGCCAUGUUGCCAUUUUUUUUUCCCCCUCCUUGAAGCAAUUGUGAUUUCUCAGUUGUCCUUAGAUCGGCUAUUCCAGUCGCAAGGGGAGCCACCCCACCCCAGCAUCACCGUUUUGGAGACGUGGAAGCUGAGCGAACUUUGCGAUGUUAAUUUGGGUGGCGCUCCCGCCGGCGGCUCGUCUCUGUCUUCGCCGAGGUGCAGGCGCGCGGUCUAUGUAACAGGUAGAAUGCAGGUCCUCAUUCUUUUAUGUACCGGGUCUUUUAUUACUGAAUUCUAGCCAACUAGCUUUUUUCACAUUUAAACAUUGUGCCAAGUUAUAGUGUAUACUUGAAAUGGUGCUGUUUAAGAAACCUGUGUAUUUAUACAGUGAAUAGUAUAUGAAUUCAUUAAUCUUCCCUAGAA